AUGAAGGUUUCGCUCUUUAUUACUCUGCCAUUUGCUCUUGGAGCCACCGCGGCAGCCGUAGCCGUCGAGCCCCGCGACGACUUCUCCUGGCAGUGCGUCCGUCGCUACUGCGACGGCCUCAGCGGAUACAACGGGGGCUACAACGGAGAGGGCGGCUAUGGCGACGGUUACGACCCCAGGCUGUGCUGCGACGAGGUGGAUCAGUACUGGUACGGCUACUGCAACAGGUACAAUUACAACUGCCAGUGCGGACAGGGCUGCGACCGCCAGGACGACGAGGACAUCAUCUUCAACAGUUUCAAUGUGGAUUGA